GUAGUGACAGCUAAUAAUAAUUGUUUACUUUAACAAAAAUCAAAUAAUUUAUUUAAAUUAUGGCCGCAAAAUCCGUAGCGACAGCCACAGUCAGGGCUGUAAAAAGAAAAUUAUUGCCUACCAGAGCAGCUUUAGUUCUGACCCCUUCAGCAGUAAAUCAAAUAAAAAGUAUACUGAAAGAUAAAAAUGAAUAUAUAGGUUUAAAAAUUGGAGUACGUCAAAGAGGUUGCAACGGAUUGUCAUAUACUUUGGAUUACGCAGCAAAGAAAGAAUCGAUGGAUGAAGAAGUGGUGCAAGAUGGAGUUAAAAUUUUUAUUGAUAAAAAAGCGCAACUCACACUACUUGGAACUGAAAUGGAUUAUGUGGAAAAUAAACUCAGCUCAGAGUUCGUUUUUAAUAACCCCAAUAUCAAAGGGACUUGUGGAUGUGGUGAAUCAUUUAGUGUUUGAAUUAUAGAAAUCUCGUAGAUUUUUUUUGUAAAUAGAUUAUUUAUUUUCCUUAAAAGAUAUUAGUAGAGCACUUUAACUUAGAGAAUAAAGCUGUUAUAACAG